GCGACGUCGUGUUUUGGUUAACAGGCUAGCUACCAAGCUAAUUAGCUAAUGGUAAUUUAAUUUAAUUAGCUAAUGCUAAUAGAAAUUACCUAAUGGUAAUUUUAUUCAUACCUAGCUGGAUUGCUACCUGUGGAUCACACACUGUUGGUGACUAUAAACUUUAAUACAAAAAUGAAGUGUGUAAUUGAAGGAAAUGGUGUGAAAGUUUUUGGAAAAGCAGUUCAUGCUCUGUCACGGAUUGGUGAGGAAAUUUGGUUGGACCCACUGGAGAAAGGGCUGGCUGUUAGGACAGUGAACAAGGCCCAUUCAGCAUAUGCUUGUUUCCUCUUCUCUCCCAUGUUCUUCCAGCAUUAUACCUCAACUUCAGACGAACUACAGGAUAAUAAGUCUGCAAAAUGCAAAGUAUCCAUAAAGUCGGUGCUGCCCCUCUUCCGCAGCGUCGCCACAUUAGAGCGCAGUGUGUACAGAUGUGAGAUAACUAUCAACAUCUUCGACAGCAGGGUGGUAUUCAAGUUUAAGUGCAGAAAUGGAAUAACCAAGACACAUAACUUGGGGUACCAAGAAUGUGAAGCUCUGCAAGCAGUUUUUCCAGUUCACCUGUGUCCCAACAUUUUAAAGGCACAUCCAAAACUUCUCAGUGACAUUGUGAUGCACUUCCCUGUCUCACAAGAGGAAAUCACACUAUCCAUAUCACCCAUUAGAGUGAUACUGAAGAAUUACUUUGAAGAGGACAAUGAUCGCAUCAUGUAUACAGAGAUGUUUCUACAUCCUGAGGAGUUUGACUACUUCCAUCUCAGAGUGGACUCAGAUAUAACCUUCUGUCUCAAAGAACUGAGGGGCUUGCUGACAUUUGCUGAGUCUCAUGGCCUACAAGUGUCUGUUCACUUUGGUUCAUCUGGAAAUCCUGUGUCGUUCAGUUUGGAGGAUAUGUUGCUGGAGGCUGUAGUAGUAUUGGCUACACUAGUGGAUCCAACCAGUGAGAAUCCUUCCCAGGUGUCUGUUGCCCAGGAAGCUCCAGCACACAGUGUAGUGGGCAUUUCUGUACACGAGGGUCCAGUAGAGGCAGAGGCAAUUAAUAUAAUUCCCCACUGUCCAGUUCAUUCAACUGGGGAACAGGUGGCCUCCAGCCAGGGAAGUCCAUUCUUCAGACCAGCUGGCCAUGUGAGAAAGCUUAUGCAACUAGUUGGGGAAGGAGAGGACUUUUCAAAAUCCAAAGCUUAUUUGAAUGGAAAGAGCUCUGGAUCUGCUUUGACCACAGCAGUAACACCAGCCACUUUCAAGAUCUGUUCUCUGCUUUUUGGGGCUGUAGCAAAUGAUCAGGACAGCAUCAAAUCAGAACUACCCAGUUUGGUGUAUGCCAGUGACACUGAGGAUGAUGCUAGAGACAGUGGUAACAAAGAGGAAGUGUGAGUCAGAUAACAUACACCAAAGGAUGGGCCAGAGGAGACUACAUUUAUAUGUUUUUGAAAAUGUUUUAAGUGCAGUGAUAUACGACUUGUAAUAGUUCUGGCACUAAUGGUUUAGUACUUAUCCUUUAUUAGAAUUUCAUUUUACUUAUAUGCCUAUAUGUAUACAUAAGCUAUAUAUUAUCUUGGAAGGAAGUGUUAUAAAUGGCUAACUGGUGAAUAGACAUAAAGUGAUCUCUGUGCCCCACACAGAUGUGAUGAACUAUUACCAAGUUUCACAUUUUGUCAAAAGACUGCAGAAUCUAAAGACAGUUC